AAAUUCUUCAGUGCAUUGAUUCCAGAGAUAGUGUCUACGAGUCUAUCGACGACAUAGCGGUUAAAAUGAGAAGUUUGGCGCUCAAUGGCUAUGGACUUCACAAUGAUAAGUUAUGGCAACUGUUUGCCAGCGAUUCUCCCUUUUAUAACGAAGACCAUUACAACGCGUGGAAAUGGAUUGAGUCUCGCAUUAUAUCCGAAGAUCGGAACAACACGUCUCAGUUGGCGAAGAACAGCGCCAUCACCGACGCGGACGAGCUCUUCAGUUCGCACGAUCCGCAGCGUCUGUAUGGCGUGCGAGCGGUUCUCAUGCAGACAUUCAUCUCUCAGAGCCGUAUCGCCAGCACCAGCGAAGUGGUCGUCUCUAAUGACUACAACACUCCCUAUAAGAAUCUCUCCAAUAAUAUCAUCAAAAAGUACUAUAAGAGUUGCGAUCGAAAGAGAGCUCUAAUGCAUUGCGGGUGGGAUUCAAACUUCGAGUCCGAGUUCCAGAACGCGAAUUUUGUACAGCAAUUGGAAACCAACGGUCAGUUCACUCGAGCGGCAGCGGUGCUGAUCUUCGGCGGCGGAAAGAUUAAGAAAGCGAUCAAUACGUUGAAAACGGGCGCAGAAGUACGAAAGGAGAACUCAUUCAACGCCAUAGCGUUGGCUCUUUCUGGGUAUACAAAGGAUCGCAACUCUUUUUGGCGUGAAAUGUGUCAAAGUAUACAAAUUCAACUCUCGGACCACUAUCUGAGGGCUAUAUUUACUUUCUUGACCACCGAUUCCGAGACCUAUUCCGAGAUAUUAGUGAGUGAUUUAACGGAUACCACAACUAUUGAUACACAAUUU